AUGGCGUUCAUUCUUCAGUAUCGCGCUCUGCGAAAGCAUGUCAACCAGCUAGUCGCAGACGCCGGCAACACCAAGGAAGAGACCUCUCCAGACUUCUCUUCACCGAGUAAGAUCUCCAAUCCGUCCGAAAUCCCUGGCGUGUCGUUGAAAUCGGAUUGUAACGGUGAGCAGUACUUCGAGGUAGGCUGGGCCGCAGAUGAUCCGUUCAAUCCGCAGCUAUGGUCCAAUCCUCGACGAGUAUCUGCCACGAUGACGGUGUGCCUCGUGGCGUUGGUGACCACGAUGGCAUCUGCUAUCGAUUCUGCUGUCAUCACAGAGGCUUCUAAAGAGUUUGGGGUGUCGGAAGUGGCUGAGUCACUCGCAACCGGUCUGUACCUGGUCGGAUUCGGCGCCGGCGCUCUCAUUGCCAGCCCUCUCUCCGAGAUGGUUGGUCGUUACCCGGUCUACUUGGGAACCCUGAUCAUCUUUGGAGCCUGGAUUCUAGGAGCAGCGUUGGCCCCCAACUUCGGUGCGCAGAUCGCGUUUCGCUUUCUUGCUGGAAUUACCGGUUCCGCGCCUUUGACCGUGGCUGGAGGCUCCAUCUCUGACAUCUGGAGUACUUUGGAAAAGACAUUCGGCUUUCCUACUUUUGCCAUUCCGGCAUUCGGUGGUCCUAUCCUUGGACCGGUGGUCGGAGCUUACAUCGGAUACAGUCCGCACAUCAGCUGGAGAUGGUCCGAAUGGAUCAUGCUGGUCUUCGACGGUCUGGUAAUCGCGACCAUCUUCAUCUUCAAACGCGAAACGUUCGCGCCUCGUCUUCUAUACUACAAGGCCCGGUUCUUCCGUCAGGUAACAGGGGACGCGCGAUUCAAAACCGCGAUCGAAGCCUCCGGAACUGGAGACAUUUUGUCCGUCGUCAAGCGGGACUUUAGUCGCCCGUGGAUCCUUCUUCUCGAGCCAAUUGUCAUUUUCUUCACUUUUUACCUCUCGGUGGUGUACAUCGUGCUGUUCACCUUCUUGGACGGGUAUCCGUACAUCUUUGGAGAAGUCCACGGCCUUAACGACGGUCUAGUCAACAUCUGCUUCCUCGGUCUUUUCAUCGGUAUUGUCCUGACAAUGAUCCUUGUCCCAAUUCUCUACCGCCGAACCGCUAGACAGCUCAAAGAGGACGGCGACGAUGGCUCAGGACGCAUGCUCAACCGAGAAUCGCGUCUCUUCUUCGCGCAGAUCGGUGCUCCCGCCAUCCCCAUCGGCCUGUUCUGGAUGGGAUGGACCAACUACUCCUGGAUCUCGGUGUGGUCGCCCCUCGCAGCCUCCGUGGUGAUCGGAUUCGGCAUCAUCUGCGUGUUCCUGUCUGCGUACAUGUACAUCAUCGACUCUUACCAACAGUACGCCGCAUCCGCCCUCACCUUUGUCGCGCUGGUGAGAUACCUCGCCGCCGGAGGGAUGACGGUCGUGGGAAUACCCAUGUACCGGAAUCUAGGAACACAUUGGACGUUGACGGUACUGGGCAUCAUCAGUGCCGUGGCGAUGCCGAUUCCGUACAUUUUGACUUUCUGGGGACCGUCCUUGCGAAAGAGGAGCAAGUGGGCGACUGCUUUGUCGUCUUGA